ACCGCAGCUCGGGAUCGUGCUCCAUACACGUGUAGAGUCAACUGGAGGAUAGAUGGGUCUGUAGGGGAGCACUGGCGCGAGCUAAAGCGUUGAUAUCUGGAUCGAGAUUUUGAUUCCGGCACAAGAUCUUGUGAACUGAUUCCGUCGUCGACGAUUUGUUUUGAGGAGCAGCUCUGACAGAAGAAUAUUUUGAUUCCAGAGCACAAUGAUGAAGUACAUCCUGGUUACCGGAGGAGUCAUCUCCGGCAUCGGCAAAGGCAUCAUUGCCAGCAGCGUGGGCACAAUCCUGAAGUCAUGCGGCCUGCAUGUAACCGCCAUCAAGAUCGACCCGUACAUCAACAUAGACGCAGGCACAUUUUCACCCUAUGAGCAUGGGGAAGUGUUUGUGCUGGAUGACGGGGGUGAGGUGGACUUGGAUCUGGGGAACUACGAGCGCUUCCUCGACAUCCGGCUGACCAAAGACAACAACCUGACCACCGGCAAGAUCUACCAGUCAGUUAUUAACAAAGAGAGGAGGGGAGACUACCUAGGCAAGACUGUGCAGGUGGUGCCACACAUCACAGAUGCCAUACAGGAAUGGGUUGUGAAACAGGCCAAAGUAUCAGUUGAUGACGAUGAUGUGGAACCUCAAGUUUGCGUAAUAGAGUUGGGAGGAACCGUUGGAGACAUAGAGAGCAUGCCUUUCAUCGAGGCCUUCAGGCAGUUCCAGUUUAAAGUGAAGAGGGAGAACUUCUGCAACAUUCACGUCAGCCUGAUACCACAGCCCAGCGCAACAGGAGAGCAAAAGACCAAACCAACACAGAACAGCGUCAGAGAGUUGAGAGGACUCGGUUUGUCCCCUGAUCUGAUCAUGUGUCGCUGUUCCACUGCUCUGGAGAACUCUGUCAAAGAAAAGAUCUCCAUGUUCUGCCAUGUAGAACCUGAACAGGUCAUCUGUGUGCACGACGUGUCGUCCAUCUAUAGAGUACCGUUACUGCUGGAGCAGCAGGGCGUGGUGGGCUACCUCAGCAGGAGGCUCAAUAUGCCCAUCGAGACUCGACCCAGGAAAAUGCUGACUAAGUGGAAGGAGAUGUCUGACAGGUCAGACAGACUGCUGGAGCAGUGCUCCAUAGCACUGGUUGGGAAGUACACCAAGUUUUCGGACUCCUAUGCGUCUGUCAUCAAAGCACUGGAGCACUCAGCGCUGGCCAUUAGCCAUAAAUUGGAGGUUAAGUAUAUAGACUCAGCGAAUUUGGAGCCGGCCACUCUGCAGGAGGAACCAGUGAAAUACCAUGAGGCGUGGCAGAAACUCUGCAGUGCUGAUGGCAUCUUGGUUCCAGGAGGUUUUGGUGUCAGAGGAACAGAAGGAAAGAUUCAUGCCAUCAGCUGGGCCAGGAAACAGAAGAAACCUUUCCUAGGUGUGUGUCUGGGGAUGCAGCUGGCUGUAUGUGAAUUUGCCAGGAACACACUCGGCUGGGCAGACGCCAACUCAACUGAAUUUGACCCAGAAUCAAAGCAUCCUGUGGUGAUCGACAUGCCAGAACACAACCCAGGGCAGAUGGGAGGAACCAUGAGGCUCGGGAAGAGACGGACCAUUUUCAAGACCAACAACAGUGUAUUGCGCAAACUUUAUGGAGAUGCAGAAUACGUGGAUGAAAGGCACCGACAUCGCUUUGAAGUCAAUCCAGAGCUCAAGGGCCACUUUGAAGACAAGGGCUUCCGCUUUGUAGGUCAAGACGUCGAAGGUGAACGAAUGGAGGUCAUUGAGCUGGACGAUCAUCCUUAUUUCGUCGGAGUGCAGUAUCACCCUGAGUUCACCUCUCGCCCCAUUAACCCAUCACCCCCCUACCUUGGUUUGCUACUGGCUGCAGCAGGGAAGCUGCAGAGCUACUUACAGAAGGGCUGCCGUCUGUCACCACGGGAUACAUACAGUGAUCGCAGCGGCAGCAGCACGCCAGACUCUGAGAUAUCAGAGCUGAAAUUGCCUUCAAUCUCUAAUGAGUGACUCAGAGCGUUACUGAUACUUCUGGAGUUGUUGGGACACAGACUUUGGACUCCCAGGCACUGACCGAGGCAGAUUUUUCCUUCAGUGAAGCGGACUACAGACUGCUGUGAAUGAAGUGUUGGGUUCCACCCCUGGAAUGAAUUGAGGCUCAGCAAGACUUGACAACCUGCCUCUUGGUAAUGUGCUGCUCCAGUGUAACUGACUUUGUCCACUCUGACACUGUUGUGGCCUUAAUGUAAAUAAGUCCUGUUACAUGAACGACAACCAUUUAUGCUUAUUCUAAACUUGUCUUCAUGAAUAGAAAAUGGGAAACAAUAAAGGGAUUCUCA